AUGGCUCCUCUGAUCCCGCUGGGAGGGAGAAGCUUCAAGAACUCUGCUGCUACGAGGUACAAGGAAGUCAAAUUCGUCCCCCACCUCGAAGAGCAGACCAUUCAGAACCCCUUCCCUGGUCUGAAGACUUUGGAGCGAGCCAUUGGAAAAGAGAUAACCACAAGGAUAGGAUCGAACGAAAGCAUUGCGAUGAGCGAUCAUCCUCUUUCCAGCAUCCUUCCACCCGAAGUCUUAGAUCUUGUACGUCUGUAUCCCGACCCGUACUGCCGAGAUAUCCGCGCGUUCCUGGCAGAGAAGUUCAGGAUGGCAGAGGACGAGAUCAUAACGGAUGCUGGUGGUGACAGUCUUAUAUUCCUUGCGCUGAGGUCAAGGAUUUCUCCCGGUGACGUCCUCGUGACAUCAGCAGGAACGUACCCCACUGUGAACUACUUGGCUCAGGGCCUUGGCGCAAAGAUUCUUGAAGUGCCAUAUGCACAAGAGAAAGACAAUCUGAAGCCGUCGCUUCAAGAUCUUGCAAAGACAGCCAUUGAAAACAAAGCUGAUGUGCUGUAUGUUGCGAACCCCGACAACCCUACAGGACAAGCGUUUACCUCGGCGGAAAUCACUAGAUUGCGAUCAUGGUUGCCUGAGGACACCACGUUGAUUUUAGAUGAGGCGUACAUCGACUUCUGUCCCAACUAUGCAGUAAUGGACAGAUUGCCCAACACAAUCCAAAUUCGCACGAUGUCGAAGGCAUAUGGGUUAGCAGGCAUAAGACUCGGUUAUGCAUUCGCAAGGGCGCAGUGGGUGGAAAAGGCAGAUCAGAUCAGAGUUCAGUUCACGACCAACAACUUGACAAACUUCUUGGCAAUGAAAGUUCUGCAAGAUGUUAACUUUUCAAGGAGGCUGAUAGAUGAGACUGUGCAACUCAGAACGCAGCUCACUGAAAAACUGAGAUCAAAAGGUCUGAAAGUUUUGGCCUCAAACACAAACUUCGUGCCUAUUAUUUAUCCCAGCAAGAGCGACGCCAUGGCCCGCCAGAAGGCUCUGUGGGACAUGGGAGUUGCAGUACACCGUCCUCCUCAUCCUUCGAUGCAGCAUGUUUUAAGGAUUACAGCAAGCCCGCAGGCUCUCGACGACGCAAUCAUCUCAAGAUUGGUGUAG